CUCAGGUUCUACCUUUUCUUGCGAUUCUUCGGCUUUUUUGGGUCUUAUUUUUGUAGGCUUAUACCUUUUGGCCUCCCCUGUUUAUCCCUUUUUUGUCGGGUUCCUUAUAGUCCUACGCCUUCUGGCACCGGUACCCUCCCAGUUCUGGCCCAUACAUAUGCUACAUCAACACUAUGAUACUACAGAACAAGUGAUCGCAUCAAGAUAAGAACCACAGAAUCGACAAUGGAUUAUAUCAUGCUAGUGCAUUUUUCAUAGAGAGAAUCUUGGCAAAAAGAAAGGCAAGAUAAGACGUCGAUGCCAAUGAGAAGAAUCAAAAAUAGAAGAUUAUCGCUGAAGGAUCCUCGUAAAAAGUCCUAGAUGAAGGGAUGAACGAUCUGAAAACAACCACUUUCUUUGCAACCAUCGUACCUGCGAAAGCACAGAGGUUAUAAAUUUAUGGCGUUUUUGUAGUUCAUCUUUUCACACAUAGAUGGGCACCUUGAUUGAAGGGGUGCGCGCUCGUCUUCAGAU